AACCUAUGAAGGAUCUAACUACCACUGAGCAAUAUAGUCCAUUUUCCAACGUCAUUCGUCAUCAACUCCAACCUGAACAGUUCUAAGGACUCUGACCUAAUCAUCGAAAGCAGUACAUGAGUUCUGCACUACAGACUGUUACUGCAGAGAAGGACCUACAGCUAUAGAUGUCACCCUAGGUCAUAAUUCAAGCUUGCUUAGCUUUCCUAUAGGAGACAUCACCAUCUGUAUCACUUCAUUAAUAUUGUGUGAAAUUGGACCUUAUUUCUGAAUUAACAUCUGAUUGUAGCUGUCAAGAGUGAUAUGACUGGUUGUGUUCAGCAUUACAGAUUUUUCAGGGUCAUCGAAUGUAUACCAAGACCUACAUGGCAACAUUCAGCAUAUGUCAUUCAAGUUCCAGGAUUUGGGCUACUUAAGAUUACCAUUUGCUACUACUAUGUAUUGGAAGAAGCUUACACAGUGCCAGCACACACUGAAGACACCUCAAGGUUUGAUCAAACCUUUUAUUAUCUGAAGAAUAUAAACAAAAUGAAGAGACAAGCUACACUGUUUAGUUUUUUCGAUUCAUCCAAAAAGAAAAAAACAAUACAGUCUCAGGAAUUGGACUUGUGUGUAAAUGACAUUAAUAAUAAUGUUGUAGCUAACACUGAGAAGGAUGCUGUUCUUAAUGAAAAUACUAUAUAUGAAAUUGACCAUGAAGUUCCAAUGGAACAGGUUGAUAGGCAUGAUAUUGAAAGUGUUGUUGGCAAUGAUGAUGGUACAGUUUCAGAUGUGUUAACAGUUGAAGAGGCAUGUACAAGCACUAUAUCAUGUUGGUCCAAAAAACAAUUUGAAUAUUUUAGCAAGUUGUUUCCAUGGAUCCAGGUUAAAAAUGGAAAAUUAGGUUGCAAUGUGUGUAGUAAGGUCAGAGGGUCUUUGGGAAUAGAAAAAGCUAAGGCAUGCCAUGUUUCAGAGGAGUGGAGUAACUUUUUAGUAAAACCAAGUGGCACCCUCAAAUUGAUUCAGCAGGCCUCUGUUCGCAAAAAAAUUAGAGAGCACAGUGUUUCUAAAUCUCACAAUAAAGCAGAGAAACUUCAGAAUACCGCCAAAAUUGGCAUAUUACCAACAGCAAUGGACAGGCUCAAUGAGAAAGCUAUAGCUGCGACAAUUCAUAUUUUUAAUAUAGUAUACAGUUUAGCUUUAAAUAAUAAGCCUAUGGCUGACAUAGAAGGAGAAGUUCAAUUGCAGAAAAUUAAUGGUGUGGAUGUUGGAGUAGGCCUUCACUCAAGGAAAACUGCCAUUACGAUAAUUCAACAUAUAUCCUCACAAAUAAGGAAGGCUUUAUUUUCUAAAAUUGCCAGUUGUAAGAGCAAAUUAUGUGUCAUAAUUGAUGAAUCCUCAACUGUGGCACAGAAAAGUGUUUUAGUCAUCUAUAUUCGUUGUGAGCUUUCAACACAUCAGGAUCCUGUCAAUGUAUUUGUGGAUCUUAAAGAGCUUGACUCAACCACUGCUGAGGUGAUAACUGAAACACUUUUCAACUGCUUAAGUGAAAAUGGAUUUGAUAAAGAUUAUUUACAAGAUAAUCUGAUAGGAUUUUGCUCAGAUGGUGCCAGUGCAAUGCUAGGUAGCAAGUCUGGGGUUGCAACUAGAAUUGUAAGAGAAUUUCCAAACAUAGUCAUAUGGCACUGUUUGAGCCACAGGGUUCAACUUGCUCUUGAUGAUGCAAUUAAUUCUGUAUCCCAAGUUAAUCACUUUAAAAUGUUCCUAGAAAAAAUAUAUAGCAUAUAUCAUGUAUCUAACAAACAUCAGUUAGAGCUUCAUAACAUAGCAGCAGAUCUAGAGUUGGAGAUAGUAAAGAUUGGUAGAAUCCUAGGUCCUCGGUGGGUGGCUUGUAGUGCUCGUGCUGCCAAGGCAGUAUGGAGAGCGUAUCCAGCUCUGUAUAAGCACUUUUCGAAUUAUAAGAAUUUCUUGGGAAUGAAGAAAAAAAUGGAAAACUUGUGUUUCCUAAAAGAUCUCGCUUUAAUGAUCGAAAUUCUUGAGGAGCUCUCCCUUUUAUCCCUUGCUUUACAAGACCGGGAUGUUUCUCUUGUCAAAGCAGACAGACUUCUUUGUCGGUGUAUUAGGGCCCUUAAAAACCUAAAAGAAAAUCCAGGGAAGCAUGAAGUUCAGAUUGAUACAAUGAUUAGAACAGAGCCAUUUAAAGAUAUUCCUUUCCAAGUGAGUGCUAAAAACACUGGUCUUCCAAGAGCACAGUUAAUUCAGAGCGUAAUAGACAAUAUGAAAAGUAGGUUGUUUUCCACUGCAAAUACAAGACAAAUGGACAGUGGUACAGUUGUCCAAAACGCAAGCCGCUACAAAAAGUUAUUGUCCUUGUUCUCUUUACUUGAACCCAAUUCUUGGCCAUCUGACCUCACACUAUCUCCGUGGCCAGAAGGGGAAUGUCAAUUAAGACAGUUAAAUGAACUGAUAAAAUGUAACAUUCCAGUUAAUGAUUUCCGGGAUUACAUAGACAACAGAUAUUUUUCAGAUUGCAGCCUGCCACCCUCUAUUCAACAAGCCAAGAAAAUUAUUCGGGUCAUAGCUGUCAGUAGCGCUGAAGCUGAAAGAGGAUUUAGUAUCAUGAAUAACAUUGCCACACAUGAAAGAAGCAGACUUACAGUUUCUAAUAUAUCACAUCUUAUGACAAUCAAAAUUCUUGGCAAACCAAUAUCAAGCUGGGGUCCGGAAAUAUAUGUUAAGUCUUGGUUACGGAGAAACCACCACACUGCCACAGACCUCAGAGUUAAAAAAAAGGCAGCCAAACAAUACGAUGAAAAUUCCACAGCUAUUUGGUCUUUGUUUUAAUGGGAUAGCAAUGGAGUUUAUUUGUGACACUAAAACAAGCACACCGUAGCUGCAGGAGUGACGUCACGAGCCGGCUCCAGAACGCGCGCACGCGAUCCCUUACCACUAGCAGUGCAGCGCUACCGGCCAGGGCGCUAGCAGCAUAAAAUAAGUUUCUCCCACAGCAUAGCCGCUAGUCAGCUGCAGCAAAAAUCUAACCCUGAGGUGUGCUUUGAUCGGGCACACAGCGUAAAAUCAGGUAAUACAGCUGUAUAGACCAGAUCUAAGCAUUUGUACAGUCUUUAUCUGCAGUGGUGGUUUGUUUUCCUUGUUUUUGGUACUGGUGGUUACCACGUGUGCAAAUUCUGGAGUUUAU